AUAGCCAGCAAAACGAGUGAAUGAGUGAGUGAGAACAGAGGGAAGAAUCCGUGCAGCUCACUUUGGUAGCCAGGACUGCCCAAGGGUAAGGUUUCAUAAGACACCAUCGGGACUGCCCAAGAAGCAAUCACAAAAUGAAGACUGCUUUAAUUUUUCUCAGCAUUUUGGGAUUGGCUUGUGCUUUCUCAAUGAAAAAUUUGCAUCGAAGAAUCAAAGUAGAAGAUUCUGAAGAAAAUGGGAUCUUCAAGUUCAGGCCACGAUACUAUCUUUACAAGCAUGCCUAUUUUUAUCCUCCUCUAAAACGAUUUCCAGUUCAGGGAAAUAGUGACUCUUCUGAAGAAAAUGAAGAUGGUGACAGUUCAGAUGAAGAGGAAGAAGAGGAGACUUCAAACGAGGAGGAAAACAACGAAGAGUCUAAUGGCAAUGAAGGCGAGGACUCUGAGGCGGACAACAGCACGCUCCCUGCCACCACCCCUGGCUAUGGAGAGGCAACGGCGCCUGGGACAGCGAGUGCGGGCUUCGCGGCCCUCCAGCUGCCCAAGGCUAGAAUUACAGGCAACAAAGCUACUAGGAAGGAGGAAAGUGAGGAAGAGGAGGAAGAGGAGGAGGAGGAGGAGGAGGAGGGAAAUGAAGCAGAAGUGGAGGACAACGAGCAGGCCGUGAAUGGCACCAGCGCCAACAGCACGGAGGUGGACAAUGGCCGCAGCGGGGGGGACACCGGAGAAGGCGCCGGCGAGAGGGCCACCACGGCCAGCAGCGGGCAGACCCCCGCAGCCUGGCCCGCCACCCCUCUCCCUGAGGCCGAUGCGAGCACGCCCCCACCGGCCGGCUCCACCCCUGCUGAGUACGAACAAACGGGCAACCACGAGUACGACCCCGGCUAUGAGGUCUACGACAGCGAGCACGGGGAACCGCGUGGGGACAACUACCGAGCCUACGAGGACGAGUACAGCUACUACAAGGGCCGCGGCUACGCGGGCUACGAGGGCCAGGAUUACUACUACCACCAGUGAAGAGCCGUCCUCGCGCCGCCCCAUCCUGCCCUUGCACCUGCCCGCCGGUGCGAAGCUCCGCUCAGGAAGGUGCCGGGUAACCCAUGCGCACGCACGGUGCAGGACGGUGCUACUGCUCCCGGCGACGCGCUGCAGUCGCUUCUGCGAGUAAUCCUUCCCUUCCGCCCUCCCUGGUGUAUCACCGAAAGGUCAUGGUGAAUCAGGUCCGCUUACCUAGCGCACACCCACUCCCAUGAGCUCUGACUUGAUGGAACGUUUUGAGGCUGCAGAUCUAUAAACUGUACUUGUAGUGUGUUUUCCCUCUUGCUAACUGCCUGACGGUACUUGGUGGGAGAGGCGCUUCUAAGGAGAGGCUCACAGACAUUGAUUGAUGGCACUGUGUAAAACAGUUAUGUAGUUCCCUCAUCACAUGACCUUUCCAAUACUGUGUUUAGUUAUUAUCCUCAUGAAUUUUACGUGACCUGUUUUGUAUAGUCUUUGGGUUUUAUCACAAAUAAAAAUACAAUACUUUAUAAU